AGAGCAUCUGGAAUAAUUAAGUGAGCAGGAUGAAGUACCUAGCUAUUCUCUUCGCUAUUGUCGCUCUUUCUGAAUCUAUCACUCGGAUUCCCUUACAGAGAGGGAAGAAAGGAAGAGACACCCUAAAGGAAAAAAACUUGUUGGAAUCUUUUCUUGAGGAACAUCCUUACGACAUUGGUACCAAAUAUCAGCCCAUAUCUAAUGCUGCCCAAGUAGCUGGUGAACCACUUUUGAACUUCUUAGAUACAGAAUACUAUGGAACAGUCUACAUUGGAACUCCACCGCAGGAGUUUACUGUUGUGUUUGACACAGGAUCAUCCAACCUUUGGGUACCCUCUACUUACUGCAGUGAUGCACCAUGUCAAAACCACCCAAGGUUCGAUCCUUCUCAGUCUUCUACCUUCCAGAACACACAGCAGACUAUGUCAAUUGAGUAUGGCACAGGAAGCAUGGAUGGCAUUUUAGGAUAUGAUACUGUGACGGUAUCUGACAUUACGGUUACUAACCAAGAGUUUGCCUUGAGCUCCAGUGAACCAGGCGCCUUCUUCACCUAUGUAAAAUUUGAUGGGAUUCUGGGAUUAGGCUACCCUGCAAUUGCUGUUUCCGAUGUAACUCCUGUGUUUAAUAACAUGGUGGAUGAAGGCUUGGUGCAAGAAAAUUUGUUCUCUGUCUAUCUUGGCGGAGGAGGAACUGGUAGUAUGAUCACUUUUGGUGGAAUUGAUGAAUCUUACUAUACUGGUUCCAUUAACUGGAUACCUGUCACUCAGCAAGGUUACUGGCAAAUUGGGUUGGACAGUAUUUUAGUGAAUGGCCAAGCAAUUGCUUGCAGUGGUGGGUGCCAAGCCAUUGUUGACACAGGUACUUCCCUCUUGGCUGGCUCACCAUCUGACAUAAGCAACCUCCAGAAUGCCAUUGGAGCCACUCCAGGACAAUAUGGUCAGUAUGACAUCAACUGUGGCAACCUUGGCAAUAUGCCUGAUGUUGUUUUCGUGAUCAACGGAAUUCAGUUUCCUCUGACUCCAGCUGCCUAUACUCUAGAGCAGUCACAAGGAGAAUGUCACAGUGGUUUCCAAGUCACAUCUGGAGACCUCUGGAUCUUAGGCGAUGUGUUCAUAAGACAAUACUACAGCAUUUUUGACAGGGCAAAUAACCAAGUUGGAUUGGCAAAGGCAGUCUAGAACAACUUCAAGCAACAUCAAGUGUUAAAAUUAUUCAGCUAAUCAACUUACUCAGAUUUAUUUUGACGUUUUACUAAUGAUUUUGAGCUAAUAGGAGCAACUUUAGUGAUAUUCUUUUAAAAAUAGUGUUCUGCCCAGUGAUGUCAAAGACAUUAGUAGCAGUGUUUCUGAGCUGAUUUGUCUGCAAGAAAUCAAUUAAUAAAUUUUCUCAAAAUUAUUGUUUGUACAGUAGCCUAUCAUUAAUGAGAAUAAUGUGGUGACUCAUUUCAUAGUUCAUUGUAAGAAUGAAUAACUCAGUUCAAGCAAAUUCUAAGAACUGACUGUUGGGCUGCAUUGGGCAACGUAACUGUGUCUUAAAUCUUUUAAGCAAUGCAACUGCAUGCACCCAAACAUACACAACACAGCCAUUUCCCCAUUGAUGAAGAGUUAGGUAUGAGCAGAGAUUCGCCCAGCUCUGUUACCAGGUCUGCCCUCAGAACAUGUGAACAGAAUAUUAUAUACUCGAAGUAAGUAUGCCUAUCAAGGAUCUUGUAACUUUUCAAGUAAAGCAGAUAAGUUGU